UUUUAUUUGGAAUUUUCUUUUUAAACGAUUCACCUUGAGGACGAAUGCCACAUCUAUAUGAAUGUCGAUUCCAGCAUUAAGCCAUCCAGGUAAACGUGGCUUUCGAGUGUUUUCUGGAAUAUUAGCUUUUUAUACUCCGUAUGAGGUAAAACACGAUUAAAAUAAGUAUUAUUUUUCAUUGCAGAUAUCUGUGCUUCGUUUGUUUUAUUAUACGUCAAAUUUAGAUUGUGACAUUUAGAUCAUUGUGCAAAGUGAGUGACGCAAAUAAGCUGCGGAGUUUGCAUGAGGAAUCCAAGACAAACACGUAAACCAAACAGCUUAACGUCUCCAGCUAUAUCUGGCAAGUACCAGGUGAUAACUGAGGAAAACUCGACUGUAAUAGAAAACACCGUCGAUGAGGUCUACCUUGACGAUAAAUACCCUUUACUAAGCGACGAAUUCGAUGGCAUUAAUUUAGAAAGAGGAAUAUCAGGUGUAUUUGACAUAGAAGACCUUGUUGAUUUGCUUCACAGAGAAAAUUCGAAAAAUGUCUUUGUAGCAACUGUGCCAAAGGAAAUCCAUUAUGUAGACUACAUUUGUAUUGUUAGUGGGCGCAGCAAGAGGCACAUCCAAGCUUUAGCAGAAUUUGUGAAAAAGGUUUACAAGAAAAAAUGUUAUAAAUCUGAUGGAAUACCAAGGAUAGAAGGAAAAAAUUCAGAUGAAUGGAUGGCAUUAGAUUUAGGUAAUAUUGCACUGCACAUUUUCUCUGACAAAGCCAGGGAAGUGUAUGAUUUGGAGACCCUUUGGUCUGUUGGGCCAGAAUUUGAUGAAAAAUUAAACAAGAACAGUGAUAUAGUAGAUGUGUUUGAAAAUUAUAGCUCCUACUUAAAAGAUUUAAAACCUCUGCAGUGAUCCACAUUUAUGCAUCUACCAUAGUUCAAGUUUGUAGAUAAAACCAUUAUUGUAAAAAAAAUAAUUA